UUUUACUCCGCCAAAUUUGUGUCCGGAUUUAAGAGCUUUAGAGCAGCUCAACGAGUCUGCGCUUCAGCCCCGGACUACUUCUAGUUCGCCAGUAUGGCUCCAAUUAAGCGCAAGGGCGCCUCAGCAGAGGAGGCAGCGCCUACCCGUCAACCUCAAAAACGUGUACGAGUUGGAGCAGAAGAACGCAAAGAUCAGAAGAAGCAAAAGACAGACGCUUCUGGGGAUGGCAAGUCCAAACCUGACACCAGUUCUGCCCCCAAAGCCUCGGAACUUACAGUCUUGCGCGAGGAUGAGCCCUCUUUCCCACGCGGUGGAGGAAGCGUCCUGACACCUCUUGAACGAAAGCAAAUUCAAAUUCAAGCAACAAAAGAUGUCCUCUUCGAGCAGAAAGCGACUAAGGGUUCUUCCAAAGCUUUCCAAAAUGGCGAGCAUGACGAAGAUGAAGAGAUGGAAGACGUGGAUGACGAUACCGCGACAGCUGCUAAGAAAUCUCGUAAACGCAAAACCAAAAGCAAGAAGCAUACAGAUGAGGCGCAGAACAAAAAGGGUGUGCGAAUUGAAGGUCUCAACUUCAAGGUAAGCUUCGCGAGAGUUCCUCUUAUAGUUUUGGGCAAGGUUCCUAAUGUAAUCAGCGUAUUACACCUGGAACCAUGGUGCUAGGUCAAGUUUCGAGCAUCAAUGCACACGAUAUCGGGCUUUCCUUACCAAACAACCUUACCGGCUACGUUCCCUUAACAGCAGUUUCAAAGGGCUUAGAAGAGAAGAUCGAAAGUCUUCUGAAGGAAGAUGAGAGUGAUGAUGACAAUGAGGAUUCAGAGGAGGAUUCUCUCGAUUUGAGUGAUUAUUUCUAUUUGGGUCAAUACCUACGUGCAUACGUUGUGUCUGUCGGGAACAAUGCGGCAGAUGCUAGCUCCAAGAGUAAAAAGCGUAUCGAGCUCGCGGUUGAUCCAAGACAGGCUAAUUUCGGGCUUUUGAAAUCCGACCUCGUCGUCGACUCUGCCGUCCAAGCAUCGGUUUCAAGCGUUGAGGACCACGGUCUGGUCAUGGACUUGGGAAUUGAUGGUGCCGAUAUCAAGGGCUUCAUGUCCAAGAAGGAAAUUGAUCCCAAGACGGACUACUCGACCAUCAAGGAAGGCUCGGUCUUUCUCUGUAUGGUCACUGGCCAGAACGCCAACGGUAGCGUUUUGAAGCUGUCCGCCAACUUACAAUCUUCCGGGUCUAUUAAAAAGUCGCAUUAUCUCAGCACAGCACCUACCAUCAACUCUUUUCUCCCAGGAACUGCAGCUGAGAUCCUUUUGACCGAAGUAACACCAAACGGAGCCACUGGAAAGAUCAUGGGCAUGUUGGAUACAACUGUGGAUUUGGUGCAGUCCGGCGGUAACUUAAGAAAAGAAGAUCUGACGAACAAAUACAAAAUCGGUGCUAAAGUCAAGGGUCGCCUCAUCUCCACGUUUCCCGCUUCGGAGCCAUACAAGGUUGGCUUUUCAUUGCUCGAUCACGUCUGCAAAUUUACAUCCGAAGCCCAAGGACCUGGUAGCUCCGAAGAUGCACCAGCCAUAUCCGCUAUCGUACCUGAGGCUACGGUGAUCAAGGUUGAUCCUGGUCUCGGAGUUUACGUACAAAUCGGAUCAACAAAACAUGUGGGUUUCGUCCAUGUGUCGCGGCUAGCAGACGGGAAGGUUGAAAGUAUCUCUGCCGAAUACGGACCAUUCCAGACGGAUUCCACUCACGAGGGAAGGGUCGUUGGCUACAGCGCUCUUGAUAAAUUGUAUCUUCUUUCAUUCGAGAGGUCAGUCAUUGACCAGCCUUUCCUUCGUCUCGAGGACGUCACUGUGGGUGCAGUCGUCAAAGCGAAAGUCGAGAAGCUACUCAUCGGACCUACCGGAUUAGAUGGCUUGAUCGUCGAGCUGGCUGAUGGUAUCACCGGUCUUGUUCCAUCUAUGCAUUUUGCUGAUACACUUCUUCAAUUCCCUGAAAAGAAAUUCCGGGAAGGCAUGACCGUUUCGACUAGAAUCCUAUCGGUCGAUACAGAGAAACGCCAGAUCCGGCUUACUCUGAAGAAGAGUCUACUCAACAGCGAAUCCGCGAUUUGGAAGGAUUACGACAGCAUUGUGGCCGGGGCGCAGUCUCCUGGAACUAUCGUGAGCAUCCAACAGCAUGGUGCUGUGGUUCAGUUCUAUGGUACAGUCCGAGGUUUCCUUCCCGUGUCAGAGAUGAGCGAGGCCUACAUUAAGGACCCUUCACAGCACUUCAGGUUAGGCCAGGUGGUGAAUGUCCACGCACUCAGUGUGGAUCCAUCUCUUGGAAAGCUUGCUGUGUCCUGCAAAGACCCCUCCACCUUUACCGAAACCUACAAGAAAUCUUUUGAAAGCAUCCACCCUGGUUUGCUCGUUACUGGCACGGUCUUUGAGAAAUCAAGCGACGACCUUCUUCUUAAGUUAGAUGACUUUGGCCUUGUAGCUCGGUUGAAUAUUGAUCAUGUGAUCGAUGGUUCUCCCUCUAAACAGAGCUCAACCCUGUCGAAGAUUCGCGUUGGUCAGAAGCUCAAUGAACUGCUUGUGCUUGAUAUCCAGCGAACUCGCAGGCUCAUUAGAGUGACAGCUAGGGCAAGUCUCAAAAAAGCUGCCAAGCAAAAACUUAUCCCAGCAAGUUUUGAGGAUGUCCACGAAGGUGAUGAAGUCACUGGCUUCAUCCGAAACAUAACCAUGACGGGAGUGUUCGUUGAAUUCUUAGGUGGCGUCAUCGGCAUGGUACCCAAGCGGCUCAUUGGCGAUGAAAACAUAAACAAGCCGGGCUUCGGCUUGACCAAAUCUCAAGUAGUCUCGGCAACUGUGCAUUCUAUAGAUACUGAAUUCCAGAGGUUCAUCUUGAGCAGGAAUCCCGCCGAGGCAACCCAAGCCGGGCCGAAAAAACCAGCCUCGAAGCCCGCUGCCAAGGAUGUUCCAUCUGAUGAUACUAUUACCAACGCUAUCGACGGAGAUAUCAACUCAAUGUCUGACUUCACUUUUGGAAGGAUUACAAAGUGCAAGAUUGUUUCUGUCAAGGCAACACAAAUCAAUGUGCAGCUUGCCGACAACAUUCAGGGCCGGAUUGAUAUCUCCGAAGUGUUUGAUAAAUGGGAGGAUAUCAAAGACCGGAAGCAGCCUCUGCGGUUCUUCCGUCCCAAGCAGCUUAUCUCGGCGAGAAUACUAGGUGUUCAUGACGCUCGUAACCACAAGUUCCUCCCGAUAAGUCAUCGGACUGGAAAAUUCCCCGUGUUUGAACUUUCCUUGAAGCCAAGCUUCCUCCAGGCCGCUGAUCCUACCCCAUUGAACCUGGAACAAGUUCAAGUUGGCUCAUCGUGGUUGGGUUUCGUCAACAACAUUACCGAAAAUUGCCUCUGGGUCAACUUGUCUCCUAACGUUCGUGGAAGAUUGCGCUGCAUGGAUGCAUCUGAUGACUUGUCUCUGCUAGCCGAUGUGGAAAAGCACUUCCCCAUAGGGUCUGCCGUGAGAGUCAACGUCUCCGCAGUGGAUAUUGAGAAGGGUCGCUUGGAUCUUACAGCUAAGCAGCGUUCUGACGCUCUCACCAUGGAGGAUAUCACCACGGGCAUGAUUUUGCCAGCAAGAGUCACCAAGGUCACUGAGAGACAAGUCAUUGUGCAGCUCACCGACACCAUAGUCGGUGCAGUUGAACUGAUUGAUCUGGCAGACGACUAUUCUAAAGCAAACCCUACAAUCUACCACAAAAACGAAGUGCUCCGCGCUUGCGUCGUCUCGGUUGAUAGAGCUAACAAAAAGAUCUCUCUGUCUCUCCGCCCAUCAAAGGUCCUAAGCUCGUCACUUCCUAUUGAGGAUCGUGAAAUCUCUUCAAUGGAGCAAGUCAAAGUAAAUGACGUUGUGCGAGGCUUCGUACGGAGAGUGGCUGACAGUGGGCUCUUUGUGACACUAGGCCAUGGUGUUACUGCUUAUGUCCGUGUUUCUGACCUUUCAGACUCCUAUCUCAAGGAGUGGAAGGAUGCUUUCCAAGUUGAUCAAUUGGUUAAGGGUCGAGUUACUGUCGUAGACCCGGAACAGAACAGGUUACAAAUCAGUCUGAAGGAGUCUGUAUUGGACCCCAACUACAAAGCUCCGGUAACACUCCAUGACCUCAAGUCCGGCCAGAUUGUCACUGGCAAGGUCCGUAAAGUCGAGGAGUUCGGCGCAUUCAUCGUCGUCGACGGCUCUGCGAAUAUCAGCGGUCUUUGCCACCGCAGCGAGAUGGCUGAGAAUCGUGUUGAGGACGCCAGGACGCUCUAUGAAGAGGGAGAUGUCGUUAAGGCGAAGAUUCUCAAGAUUGAUCGCAAACAGAAGAAAAUAUCGUUUGGUCUUAAGGCAUCUUACUUCAAGGAUGAAGACGAGGACGUUGAAAGCAGCGAAGAUGAGGAUGAGGAUGACGAUUCCGAAGGUAUUAGUCUAGAUGGCUUUGGUGGAGUGAAUGUAGAAAAAAAUGACAGCGACGACGACAGCGAUGUCUCUAUGGGAGGAGUAGAUGUUGAGGAAGACAGUGAAAGUGAUUCCGAGCAAAGUGAUGAUGAAUCUAUGGCCAAACCCUCAUCAAACAGACAGGGCGGACUCGGGGCGAGCGGAUUCGAUUGGAGUGGCAACAUAAUGGGAGACGACGAGAAAGCUUCUUCGUCUGACUCUGAUGACGAGGAUGAGUCAGAGCGGAAGAAGAGGAAGAAGCAUCGCAAACCAGAGAUCCAAGUUGAUCGAACUGGCGAAUUAGACGCUAAUGGACCCCAAUCAGUGGCGGACUACGAGCGACUCUUGCUUGGUGAACCCGAUUCUUCACUCCUUUGGCUGCAAUAUAUGGCCUUCCAGCUAGAGCUAGGCGAAGUCGAGAAGGCAAGGGAGGUUGCCGAGCGUGCCCUUCGCACCAUUGCCAUUGGUCAAGAUGCUGAAAAGCUGAACAUCUGGAUAGCAAUGCUCAACUUAGAAAAUACCUACGGCAACGAUGAUACUCUGGAGGAGGUAUUCAAGCGGGCUUGUCAGUACAACGAACCCCAGGAAAUCUACGAGCGUCUUAUCAGCAUUUACAUCCAAUCUGCAAAGAAUGAGAAAGCAGAUGAGCUUUUCCAGACCGCUCUUAAGAAGAAGAUCUCUCAGUCAUCCAAGUUCUUCCUGAACUACGCCAGCUUCCUAUUUGACAAUAUGGCUGCCCCCGAACGUGGACGUGCCUUACUGCCUCGCGCUCUUCAGUCGCUUCCUGCUCACACUCACGUCGAGACCACAUCUAAGUUCGGACAGCUAGAGUUCCGUUCUGAGCAUGGAGAUGUUGAACGCGGUCGCACUGUGUUCGAGGGUCUUCUCUCUUCAUUCCCUAAACGGAUAGAUCUGUGGAACAUCCUUCUGGAUUUGGAGAUCAAAAAUGGCGAUGCUGAGCAGGUCCGGCGCCUAUUCGAGCGGGUACUCGGAAUUCGGGACUCCAAGAAGGGCGCCGUAUCUGUGGGAGCGAGCAAGAAAAUCCGACCCAAGCAGGCACGGUUCUUCUUCAAGAAAUGGCUUGCUUUUGAGGAGAAGCUCGCCGCAGCCGAUGGUGGUAAUGAAAAGAUGGUGGAGGAUAUUAAAGCGAAGGCAGCAGAGUAUGUCAAGUCUCUGCAACAGGAGUAGGUUUCGCAUCCUGUGUGAAAAUAUCUUAUGAUGGCAUUGGUGUUUCGGUCAUAGAUGUUGUAUAUAAAAAGCAUUCGAGCUGUGAUAUCUUAUUCUCCAAAAAUGUACAAGCAAGUAUGAUACCAUGCGAGU